AGCAGCAGCAGCAGUAGACAGAGCAGACGAGACGAUGGGAGUUUGUUGUUGAUGAUUGUGUCAUUAGUUUUCCGACAGCUUAUGCGGCGGGUAGGUGCCGUACUUAUGGAAGUAUUCUGCUGACGACAUGACGAAGUGAGCCUCUGUCGAGUAGUAUGCCCAAAGUGCGCGAAAAGAACGGAUUGUUUUUCAUUUUCCACUGGCUGGACGUGUUGAUCAGGGGGACCUAAACAGCUGUAAACAUGGGAUGCUCACCAGCUUGCAAACAGGGCACAGUGUUUAGCGUAGGUACAUUGUUGCUCCUCGGUGGUGUCCUGGCAGGGCUGUUCUGGUCCGAUGUUGCUGAUUAUAUCUAUAGAAGUCAAUUAUCCUUAAGUCCAUCUUCUACUGGGUUUCGUAUGUGGAGAGAAACGCCAAUUCCUAUGUACCUGCAAAUCUACUUUUUCAACUGGACCAACCCUGAUGAAGUAAAGGCUGGUAAAGCAAAGCCAAUUGUUUAUGAAGUUGGCCCCUACACCUAUUUAGAAAAACAUACAAGAGUAAACAUGACUUGGCACCCAGAAAAUGAUACUAUUUCAUUUCAACAAAUCAGGGAGUGGCAUUUUGAUCCUUCAAAGUCAUCUGGUUCACCAGAUGAUGUAAUUCAAUCUCUCAAUGUGCUGGCUGCAACAAUUGCUGAAAAAGUUAAAAACUUCAGGCCUAUCGUCAAGAAAGUUGUAAAUGUGUUGUUAAAUGUUGAAGAACCAUUUGCUGUGAAGAAAACUGUCAGAGAGCUGCUCUUUGAUGGGUAUAGUGACCCUAUUCUAAAUGUUGCCUCUGAACUGAAGAAAAUAACGAACAUAUCAAUUCCAUUUGAUAAAUUUGGCUGGUUUUAUGAUAGAAAUAUGUCUUCCACCUAUGACGGAUCUUUUAAUAUGUUCACUGGUCAACAAAAUAUGAGUAACUUGGGGAAUGUUCACUCUUGGAACUAUGCCACCCAUACUUCUUACUUUGAUGGAAAAUGUGGGGAUGUCAAAGGAACAACUGGAGAACUUUUGCCUCCUCUAGUUGACAGUGAAAAGCUUUCCGUCUUUGCAACUGACUUAUGCAGCACUGUUUCACUGUCAAGAAGUGAAGAAUUAGUACAGAAGUAUGGAAUAGAAGGAGUCAAAUUCCAAGGAGAUGCUAGGGAAUUUGACAAUGGAACUCUUCACCCUGAAUAUAAAUGUUAUUCAUAUGAAGGGAAAACUAUGCCUAGUGGUGUUAGGGACAUGUCAAAAUGUCGAUAUGGUGCACCAGCUUAUGUUUCUUUCCCUCAUUUCCUUGACGCUGAUCCCUGGUACACCAACUCUGUUGAUGGCUUGCAUCCUAAUAGAUCAAUUCAUGAAUUUUUUGUCAAUGCUGAGCCUAGCACUGGACUCCCCCUGGAAGUUAGAGCACAACUGCAAAUCAAUGUCCUCCUUCAACCAAUAAAAGGGUUAACGAUGUAUGAGAAAGUCCCGAAAGUUCUCAUGCCAAUGUUCUACUUUCGCCAAACUGCUGAACUCACACCUGACCUAGGGUCACAAGUCAAGUUACUCCUCAAUUUAUCUAGAAUUGGUACAAUCACAUUUUAUGGGUUGGCUGGUAUUGGAGGAUUACUUCUUGCCAUUGCUACUUUCAUCACUAUUCGUGGCCAUUGGGGCGAGGAUGAUGAUACUGUCGCGUUAAUCAAUUCCAAAAGGGAAUCUAGUAAUAAACCUGCAAGCAGCAAUCCUACUGUAUAAACAGAGACUAGCUAAGUAUUCAUGAAAGUUUAUUCUUCUUCCUAAUCAAAAUAUUUAUGCUUCAUGAUGGGAAAGACUGCAAUAGUAUUUUCUUAUAAGUAAAAAGUUCUCUUUGUUCUCAUCCUCAGAAAUCAUUCCAUGAAUUGAGAGUUUAUGUAGUAACCAUAUGAAAUAACUCCCUAGUCUUAUGACUUAGUUAUGGGAUUUUUCUUAUCCCUCAAGUCAAUGAAUGGUUUAUUGUAUGAUAUGAUCUUUAAUAGUGUGUGAAUGACCCUCAACAAAGAGACAUAAAAAGUUGAGCAUUAAUCCUUAAAUACUGUUUCUUUACGAUUGCAACCUAAAACCUCUCAUAGUUUGCCAACUCUUUAGAAUGGCCUCUGCAUUUAUCAAUAUUCAAAGUAACAUAGGAAACAGCAACAGCAAUUCAUAUGUAAAAGAUGAUGUCUUACUUUGUGAUAAAUCAACUUACAAUGAUUUACAGUAUGUAGAUUAUCAGGGUUUUCUUUUUCUAUCUAAAGUAUGCUGAUAAUUAUGAUUUUUUGACUGUAACGUUAAUACAAGCUUAGGGGUCUUGGAUGUGUGUUGUAAUUUGCGCUCUCUUACUUGCGUAGCUUUCCAUCACUCUCCCUCUCUUGGACUGACUAGUAUUGAUGCCAUCCGUGACCUCUGUUCUGUCUUAUAUCACUCGAUCGGAACCUCUUGUCACUUUGUAUGUGUCAAUGAUUUGGUGGAGAGGUUUGCGCUUUGAUCAAUUGUACUGAAUCUAGAUUAUUUUAAUUUUUUGGUACUUCAUGUACUUUAUAUGACACUUGCGUGUAUCAGACUGUAAUGUUAAACAUUAAUUUCUGUUGCCAAUUUAUUUGUGGACCUCAAAAUGUAUUUAAAAUUGGUUUUAAUGUGUUUUCAGGAACUGUACUUAUUGCACCAAAAUAUGAAGUUGGGGGUCAAUUUUAUUUUUAUUUGACAGAAGUAUGUAUCUAUCUAUCUUUAUGAUAUUCCUGUAACUGUGAUAGUAUUAUAAUGUGUCUUUGCAACUAUUCUUGCUGAUGAAGAACAAUUACAUGGUUAUCCAUUAAGCCCUUCUCUCAGGAAAUUUAAGGUUGUAGAUAAGUUUUGAAUUGUGUUUUUUUUUCCUUGUAUGUCUUGUCUGGUGGUGUUAGUUUCGUCUUAGUUUGGCCUUUGAGUUUUUAUUAUUCUCUUUGCUCAAAGGGGUUACAUUUGUUUGUAAGUGCCUGCACAAGUUUCUCAGAUGCCAUAAAGAUGAAACGAGUAAGGAGGCUAAAACUAGUUGUUUGAUUUCUUGUAUUUAGGAUGUAUGUGUGAGGAAGCUCUCUGAAAAUUUUAAUAGAAACCAUUCGACAUGAAUUGUCGGUAAGAUCAGAGUCCUUUUCAUGCAAAACUCUGUUCUGCUCUUUUAUUUCUGCAAUCUACAUUGUAGGCUAAAUAAGAAUAAUCUUACCAAUAACUCAUGUUUUAUACUUUUCUUACUUUCUUUCUUACUUGGGACCAUUUUUAUGAUCAAUGGGAAACAAUGUUUAAGCCAUUAGUUCUCUUCAAUUUUGGGGCUUCCUCAUCAAUUUGGGGGAGAAAUGGGACAUGACUCUAGGAAAUCAUAUCUAGUCUAGUACUGGUUCUAUUUGCAGUGCCUAGUGCUUUUUGAAGAGUUUCCAUUCUAUCAUUGGUUUCGGUGAUGAGCCAAAGGCGAAACAUGUUAAGAACAAUGAUUAAUUUGUUAUAUCAUAUUUUGAGCUUAUAAUUUUUUUUUCUUGUUUUUAAUUUUACUCCAUCAAAAUUUGUCCUUUGUGACGUAGAGUGCUGUGUCAACAUUUUCCAUUUCAGUUUGACCAUUUGAAGUGCCUUUGCUUGUAAGUACGUGUACAUAAAAUAGAUUGCAACAUUAGUGCUACAUAGCAAGCUUAAAAUAGGGAUCACUUUUUUCAUUGCUUUUUCACCAUAUUUUAUGACCUUUGUAUUUUAAAGAGUGCCAAACAGGGCUUCUGUAAAUUUGUUACCUAAAAUCAAAAUUAGGAGUUAUAGUCAAUUACCAGUAUCUGCUUAACCACUUAAAAUUUAUUACAGCAUUGAGUAAAGAGUCACAUAAAUAAAAAUAAAAAAAAGACUUUGUUUUUAACAAAAAUAUUGAGAUUUAGACUCCUCUCUUUAUAACACAAUAUUUGUAUUCUGUCAACCCAUUCACAUUGUUUGGUGUCUGUGAUAAAUUUUGAACCCUUUAUAGGUAGCCAUCAUAGUCAUGGGAAAAAUUUCUUAAUGUCUUCUUUGCUCACACUUCAGCACUUCAGUUUGUAAAUUUAGUGUUUUAUGUGAGUUUGUGACUGACACAAAUUAUUUUGAAUGAAAAGUGUCUUGGCCUUUCCCUGAACUUGGUUCUGUCUUCAAAUCUCAAUAUCAUAGCUUGAUAUUCUUAUAGAAAUUUUUUUGUGGAACAUCAAUAAAGUGCCUCUGUUAUUAAUCAACAUUUAUAUGUGCAUAACAAUCAAGUGCAUUAUCUUCAUUGUGAUAUUAACUUUAUAUUGUAUCUGGGUAGUAUUUCACAUACUAACCUGGAGGUAAGAACUGUUUUGUGAGGCCUUUUGAAUUCAAUUUGUUCCUGUGCAAUGUUUUAAAAGUGAAAGAGAACUUGUUGAGGUGUCAAACUAUAAUGUUUAAUCAAAAUCAAGCUUUGUUUUCCUCUUCAAUCGGUAAAUGGACCUUCUUCCCACUAUAAAAAAAUGUAAUCGAUGUUGCAGUUUAGACAUUGUGUAUAUUUAACAGUCACCCUACUAUUUUGUUCACUUCUUCCAUUUCUAUUAAUGUUGUGGUCAGAUGGGUCCAUUGGACCAUUCUUGUUUUUCACACCCACCAAAAAAAAUUAAAUGCGUGUCAUUACAUAUUAUCUUUUAGGACCACACCUCUUUGUACAGUAUGUAUAUUUAAUCUUUACCGUAGGGGAAUGAUAUGUUCACAGUAGUACAUGGCAAAUUCAUCUUAAAACCUAUCACAGAAAUUUCUAAUCACACUCUUUACACAGUCUUAAACAACUUUGUUUUAGUCUUGUUGAUACACACUGUACUGUUAAAUUGAUUUCACCAUGCGCAAUUCCUGUCUUGUAUUGAGCAUUCAUGCUCAAUAUUGUUCGAGCAUGGGUCAUGUUGUGACCGUUGGACUACUACAAUGUGAUUGUUAUUGUGUAAACUUCGUAAUAAAUUUAAUGGUAAAGUA